GUUUCUCAUCGCUAUCAGAAGCCUCCUUAUCCUGAAUUUUCUCUAUGCAGCUAGAGGUAUUUAUGAGCCUCCAUUUAUUGUACUACUGCAGUGAACCAACCUUGGAUGUGAAAAUUGCCUUUUGUCAGGGAUUCGAUAAACAAGUGGAUGUGUCAUAUAUUGCCAAACAUUACAACAUGAGCAAAAGCAAAGUUGACAACCAGUUCUACAGCGUGGAAGUGGGAGACUCAACCUUCACAGUUCUCAAGCGCUACCAGAAUCUAAAGCCUAUUGGCUCUGGGGCUCAGGGAAUAGUUUGUGCUGCGUAUGAUGCUGUUCUUGACAGAAAUGUGGCCAUUAAGAAGCUCAGCAGACCAUUUCAGAACCAAACGCAUGCCAAGAGAGCUUACCGGGAGCUGGUCCUCAUGAAGUGUGUGAACCAUAAAAACAUUAUUAGUUUAUUAAAUGUCUUCACACCCCAGAAAACGCUGGAGGAGUUCCAAGAUGUUUACUUAGUAAUGGAACUGAUGGAUGCCAACUUGUGUCAGGUGAUUCAGAUGGAGUUAGACCAUGAGCGAAUGUCUUACCUGCUAUACCAAAUGUUGUGUGGCAUCAAGCACCUUCACUCUGCUGGAAUUAUUCACAGGGACUUGAAACCAAGUAACAUUGUAGUCAAGUCUGAUUGUACAUUGAAAAUCCUAGACUUUGGACUGGCCAGGACAGCAGGCACAAGCUUCAUGAUGACUCCUUAUGUGGUGACACGUUAUUACAGGGCCCCCGAGGUUAUUCUGGGAAUGGGCUACAAGGAGAAUGUGGAUAUAUGGUCUGUGGGAUGCAUUAUGGGAGAAAUGGUUCGCCACAAAAUCCUCUUUCCAGGAAGGGACUAUAUUGACCAGUGGAACAAGGUAAUUGAGCAACUAGGAACACCAUGUCCAGAAUUCAUGAAGAAAUUGCAACCCACAGUAAGAAACUAUGUGGAGAAUCGGCCCAAGUAUGCAGGACUCACCUUCCCCAAGCUCUUUCCAGAUUCCCUUUUCCCAGCGGACUCCGAGCACAAUAAACUCAAAGCCAGCCAAGCCAGGGACUUGUUGUCAAAGAUGCUAGUGAUUGACCCAGCAAAAAGGAUAUCAGUGGACGACGCCUUACAGCAUCCAUACAUCAAUGUGUGGUAUGAUCCUGCCGAAGUGGAGGCGAUGACUUCUAGUUGUUAUGAGAUCCACCCGCUUAACUCAAGGGAGCAGCCCCCACCCCAGAUAUACGACAAACAGCUGGAUGAAAGAGAACACACCAUUGAAGAAUGGAAAGAACUUAUUUACAAGGAAGUCAUGAAUUCGGAAGAAAAGACUAAGAACGGCGUUGUGAAAGGACAGCCUUCUCCUUCAGGUGCAGCAGUGAACAGCAGUGAGAGUCUCCCUCCAUCCUCAUCUGUCAACGAUAUCUCCUCCAUGUCCACCGACCAGACCCUGGCAUCUGACACUGACAGCAGCCUGGAAGCCUCGGCAGGACCCCUGGGUUGUUGCAGGUGACUAGCCGCCUGCCUGCGAAACCCAGCGUUCUUCAGGAGAUGAUGUGAUGGAACACACACGCAGACACUCACGCACGCACACAAACACAGACAUACAACGACAAGAAAACAGCAAGGGAGAGAAUCCGAGCCUAAAAUUGAAACAAAUCUUUCAGCCUGCUUCUUCUCCAGAGUUCUGUAUUGCAGCUAAGCCAAAUGUAUAUUUAACUUCUAGUUGCUCUUGCUUUGGUCUCCUUCUAAUGAUGCUUACUACAGAAAACAAAUCAAACACCAUUAGAGAAGCCUUUUCCAUAAAGUGUAAUUUUAAUGGCUGCAGAACCAGCGACCUGUAACUGCCCUUUCAAAUGGCAUGACGAGGUGUGCAGUGGCCCCAUCCAGCAUGUGUGUGUCUCUAUCUUGCAUCUACCUGCUCCUUUUGGCCUAGUCAGAUGGAUGUAGAUACAGAUCCGCAUGUGUCUGUAUUCAUACAGCGUACUUACUUAGAGAUGCUACUGUCAGUGUCCUCAGGGCUCUACCAAGACAUCACGCACUGGGGUACCACAUGGUCCAUUUCAUGUGAUCUAUUACUCUGACAUAAACCCAUCUGUAAUAUAUUGCCAGUAUAUAAGCUAUUUAGUUUGUUAAUUGAUUAAGCUGUAUGUCUUACAAGAAAACAUGUAAAGGCGGGAACA